AUGACUGGCUCAAAAUUUCUUCGAGGUUGCGAAGAAGGAGCCAAUGAAAGGAGCCUGUUAGUUAAACUUAGAAGAAAAGUUUACAAUCAACCAUUUCAAUGGGAAGACCAAAAAGUGCAUCCCCUUACAUGGUUUAUGGCCAAAUAUAUGAUUAUGGAUCCACAAAAACGUGAAGAAUUCUGGGAAGAACACAUGCGUAAGGUGAAGAAACGUCGCGAAAUUCACCUUGCGCAAAUGCGACAACCCCAAAAUCCACCAGUCAUGAUGAUGCAAUACCCUGUUGCGAACUAUGGAGUUGAACCUAAAGGCAAACCUAUUGGACCUGAUGGUUUUUAAGCCAAUUGAUUGUGUUAAACUUAUGGAUUUUGAAAUGUUAAAAUAGCCAAAAAAUUUGCUCAUUUAAAAUGCGAAAUCAUGUAACCUAUAUUUUAUGACCAUACUGCGCCAAAGUGAGGUUUCUGUAUGCGGUAUAGUUGCUGAUUCUAGUAUUUAAAGAUUAGAUUACGCUAUAUGCGCUCGAAGAAUUUCAAAUGUCAUCAUGACUUCUUUUAGCUCGAUUUGCUCUCAUUCAUUC